GAGCCAACCAGUCCAAUAGAGGUUGAACUCCCCACAGUCGCAGAGUCACCUACCUUCAUAGACGUGGAGCUGUUCACAGUCAAAGAGUCCAUCUUCGAUAUGAUCACCGCCGAACCACCAGAGAUCGAAGCCUUCACCGACAGACCUUUACUCUUGGUGCCCGAUCCUGAGGAUGAAGGUGGAGAGGUGGAGAUCUUGGAGGAAAAGGGGGCGAAGGUCGCAGAGCCCUUGGCCAGACUACUCCCAGCCCGUUGACAUCUCAGAGGAGGACCUAGCUGAGGAUGAAAUCCUUGUUGUGGCUGUAGCUACAGCAGCCCCGGAGGUCAUAGAGUCUCAUAGCAUCUUAUCCCCCGAGAAGGAAUCUCCCUUCACUCGUAUAGCCGACUCUGUACCAGAAGAGGAGGAAGCCACACACCAUCCAGCCACCACAGAAAUAGCACCACAUGAUGACAUUGAAGUUGACCAUGAAACACUUGAAAUCUCUGAGACACCUGAAAUCGCCCCAACGAUCCUACCUCCAUUCUUCCAGCCCACAUUCAGACCCACAGAAAACCUGCUUGAGGCAGCAGAAGAAGAGUCAGAUUUAGCAUUGAAGAUGUUAGCAUUGAAGAUGGAGAUGUUAGCAUUGAAGAAGGAUAUUUUAGCAUUGACGAUGGAGAUGUUAGCAUUGAAGAUGGAGAUGUUAGCAUUGAAGAUGGAGAUGUUAGCAUGGCGCUAGCACCCACUUCCCCAGAUCACGACACAUAUGACCUAGAAGUCGGCACUUCAAUCCACGCGGUUGAAGACUACGGACCAGACUCCCCCACGCCGGAAACUGACCUCACCUUCAACGUGUACGACGGGUCGAGUCACAUGGACGGGGACAGCAGCGGGUACUCCAGCAUCGCCCACGGGUCAGACGUGGGCAGCAUCGCCAUGGCGACCAGCCCUGGCAAGGAUCUGAUGGUGUUCUUCAGCCUAAGGGUGACCAACAUGAUGUUCUCUGAGGACCUCUUCAACAAGAGUUCCACAGAGUACAAAGCCCUGGAGCAGAGGUUCCUCGAACUGCUCGUCCCUUACCUGCAGUCCAACCUCAGCAACUUCCAGAACCUGGAGAUCCUGAAUUUCCGUAACGGCAGCAUCGUGGUGAACAGCAGGGUGAAGUUUGGGAAGCCCGUCCCUCGGGGCGUCACCAACACUGUCUACCUUAUCCUAGAGGACUUUGCUAACUCAGCCUUCCAAACCAUGAACCUCGCCAUAGACAAAUACUCACUGGAUGUGGAAUCAGGCAACCAGGCAGACCCCUGCAAGUUCCAAGCAUGUAAUGAGUAUUCGAUGUGCACGGUGAACCGCUGGUCCGGGGAGGCGGAGUGUGUGUGUGACGCGGGUUACUUCAGCGUGGACGGACUGCCGUGCCAGAGUAUCUGUGGCCUGCAGGAGGACUUCUGUCUCAACGAUGGGAAGUGUGAUGUCAUCCCUGGCAAGGGAGCCAUCUGCAGAUGUCGUGUAGGAGAGAAUUGGUGGUACCGCGGGGAACACUGUGAGGAGUUUGUGUCAGAACCUCUGGUGGUGGGCAUCGCCAUAGCGUCAGUGGCUGGCUUCCUAUUGGUGGCCUCUGGGGCAAUCUUCUUCCUGGCCAGGACUCUGAAGGACAGUUAUGACAAGGAGGAUUCAGAGGACCCUCUACGGGAUCGGGACAGUGUGCCAUCCUUAGAGAGAGCCACCAAGUUCAACCCCAUGUAUGAGAGUGAUGUGGCCACCGCAGAGUACUACAGACGGUACGAAGACGACGUCCCGCACCACAGUACGGGCAGCGCAGACACCUCUGUGGACGUCUGCAGUGACGAGAUACUCCACAUCUACGACAACUCCGAGCUCACCAGAGAGCAAAUUCAGGACCGCCUAAGGAUAAUUGAGCUGUACGCCAAAGACCGUCAGUUUGCAGACUUUGUACGGCAGCAUCAAGUAGCGAUGGACAGAAGAGCGAGCUCUGAAACAUAGGAACGCUGGAGAGCCAACUGAUCACUGUGAACCUCAAGAAACAUGCCUUUGUCUUUGACUUGAGAAAGAGGAAAGUAUCUUCUGUUGCCAUGGUGCUUCUGAUGGACUCUGCAGAAUGACCAGAUGAAGAGGAUGGAUAUUUAAAAGAACGUCUUCUGUAUGAGGCGUGAUGUGCUGUUGCAACGUGUCACUGACUCUAUUUCUAUGACCUGACUUUUUUCUAAAGUUGGAGUGUAUUGUAAAUACUUUUAUUUUUGUUGUUUCAUUUUUUUCUUCGAUCCUCACAGCCAUCACCUUAUCCUAUGAGCUAGCCUCCUGCUCAGCUAGCCAUCAAACAUCUAGAUACAGUUACUGUCAAAAAGGUUCUCUGCACUGUUCCUCCUACUUCAUUUGUUGUGUCCUCAGUUAGUUUGGACGUGUGGGUCCCUUCCUGCUCUGUUCUCCCUAAACAUGGUCUUCUUCUUCUUCAGUGCCUUCACUUGGUUUCAGUUAGCAUUGUGGGGUGUUGUGUUGUGUCCUGAAAACGUGACGCGGCUGCUGGCAGGACCCUUGAAGUUCACUGGAUGUCACUGGAAGGCUAAUGUCCUGCAUGGAAACUAACUAACUACUGGUUGAAUCAACGUUGUUUCCACAUCAUUUCAACCCCAAAAUUCAAUGUGAUGAAGUUGAAUCCCCAUGGAAAACUGUUUGGAAUAGAAGAGACAUCAAGAGAAUUUCGUAUAUUUUUUUCACCCAUCUUUUAACCUAAAUCCAAUGACAUGGUGAGAUUUUUUGUUGAUUUCACAUUGAAUUCACGAUAGUUGACAACUCAAACCAAAUGUAAAUCAAUCAACUGACAUCUGUGCCCAGUGGGUACUGACUGGAUGGCACAGGCUAGCGCGAUAUAGCCCACCACUGAAAUGAUGAAAUAUCCUGGUUGCUGUAUUUACUUGAACAUGAUUUGUAGAUAAUAAAUGUAGACAUAAAUUGAUACUGUAUUUAACUGUUGCAAUGAGUAUAGAUUGAUUAACUGGAAUUGUGAUAGUUAGUAACCCCUCUUCGCCAUACCCAAUAGCCCAUGAAGACAUCGGAGUUUUCUAAUUUCUCAAAUCUGAUAUCUGCUGCUUUGGGUUAGUCCACGUAUCCAUGGUGAUCCCAAGCCUUUGUAUAUAUCAGGAGUCGACUGUAUUCAUCCAUAUGUUUUGAUGAACCAAAUGUCCUAAACCCGUUGAAAAAGGGGUUAAAUGUGUACGUUGUCUCUGUUGAUGUGUUUUCUAUGUUUUUUCAUAGUUCGAGAUUAACAGGACAAUGGUGUUAUGACCUGUGUUGUGUAUGUUAGACUUACUGGUUGAAAGCCAACAGACACUUUCUGUAAUAAAAUGUUAAUAUUUUUUACAAUA